CAUUGCCUCUUUAGAGAAUGAAUGAAUGAGAACAAAGGGAAGAAGUGACUCUUCUGGUAGAAAGGUUGCGCAGACGCAGAGAAAGUGCCACAAAAAGUUAGCAAACAACUGUCUCUGGUUUUUAACUGAUGUAGUGAUUGUGUCCAUCCGAUGAAUAUAGGUCCAAAUAUUAUUGCUAUUUUUUAUCUCUGGUUUGGUCUUCACCAACUGUUUGGGCUCCAUCCAAACAAAUCAAAAGCUCCUACGGUUUAACAGCACUAACAACUCCCAUCAUGCAUUGGGGCACAGCUACCACACAUUUAUUAUUGUUAUUCAGGCUUAUACACAGAAGUAGUUCAAUCUGCUGCAACUAUCAGGUGUGUGAAGGUGUGUAUUUGAAUCAGAUAACUGCUUUAAUAAUGACAGGACUGCUGUGUAUAGACUAGUCAUUACACACACACUCACACAAACGUAGAAAGGGAACCGGCCAUUAGGACCCCAGCAGAGGGCUAUAUGAGGGCAAGCAUCCGCGCUGACAGGUCUUUUCGUCCAAGAAGCUGCUGCAGGUAAAAACCUCUGUCUCGCGUUUGUCUUUUUUCUGCGAGUGGAGAAACAACAUUGACUCGUCUGUUUUCACCCUUAGCCAUUGAGAGAUUGAGAGAAUCAAAUGUUUUUUUUUUUCCUUUGUCUGGUUACCUUUUGUCUUUUGUAAAUCUCAACCUGCAAAGGAAUUAUUGAAGUCUACGGCUGGGUAUAAAUCCCAUUUCUUUUUUUAAACAGGGAUGAGGUGGUGGCUGGUGGCGGCCUUCUUGUGGCUGCUUGUGAUCCUUACCCUCUCAGAAGGACAAGCCACGAAAAAACCUCGUAAUGUGGACCGCCGGGCAAAGAAGAAGAGGGACGGACACGGUCUUGGGCGGGCCAGAUCGGGCCCCUCUAAACCACAGAAGAUCAGACUGCUUCCUGGUCCUACUGUCCCAGAGGAGCCUGGAGUACAACAAGGAAACAUAGUAUUCCUGGACUCCUACAAGAACCUACAGGAACAGCACUCCAGCUACAACGUUAUCCCAGGUAAGCAGGGCCAGUGUGUGUUUCAGGGUCUGACCAUGUUCGACCAGGCCGUCUGGUCUCCAAAGCCCUGUGUCACAUGUCUGUGUACCGGAGGCCGGGUGCUUUGUGACGAGAUCACCUGUCCCAUAGUGCACUGCCACUUCCCCUACACCCCCGCCGGGGAGUGCUGCCCCGUCUGCAUGGAGUCAGACUAUGACCUCAGCCUUGACCUUUCUGGUGACUCCCCAGUUCCCAACGACCCAGAGGACCAUGUGACUCCGCUGACCCAGGAGGAGAUUCAGAAAAUCAUCUGGCGGGAAGAAGAGGAGCACCGAGAGGAAGAGGAGCGCCUGAAGAAGAAGGAUGAGGCGAGGAAGAUGAGGCGAAAGCAGAGGAAGGGGCAGGCGGAGAAGCAAAGGAAGAUAGUGGAGGAGAAGAGGAGGGAAGAGGAGGAGGCGCUGAGGCUGCAGGUGGAGAGAGAAGAGGCGGAGUGGAGGAGGCUGUUGGAGGAGGAGGAUAGGAGGAGGCAGGAGAAGAGGAGACAGGAUGAGGAGGACAGGAAGCAGAAGGAGGCAGCAGAGAGAGAAGCUAGGGAGGCAGAAAGGGAGCUAGAGGAGGAAAGGAGGUGGCAGGAGGAGAGGCUGAGGGAGGAACUACUGGCUUUUGAUCAGGGGGAGGAAGAGGAGCUGCAUGAGGAGGUAGAGGAGCUGCAUGAGGAGGUAGAGGAGGAGGUGUGGCUAAGAGGAGAUGUGUUUGUGAUGCCCGAUAAAGAAGCCGAAGAAGAACCAGACCUCCUCCCUGCUCCGAUCCCAAGACCUCCUGCUGCGACAGAGGAUGAGCUGGAGGAGGCAGAAGAGGAAGGGGAGGAGAAGGAGGUGUUGGUGAACAGAGCAGACCUCCCCCCAGGCUGCGACAUCUCUGACGUCACGCUGACAUGUGACAACGCCAAACUCACCUACUUCCCCCCUCUGUCUAUCCCUGAGCUCAAGUCUCUCAGUCUGGAGGGCAACAACAUCCCCAGCAUCCCAGCAGAAGCCUUUAACGGCAUCCCCAACCUGGAAUGGAUCAACCUGAAGACAAACAAACUCACCUCUGACAGCAUUGAUCCCAAAGCCUUUGAAGGUCUAAAGAUGCUAAGGCGUCUGUACUUGGACGGUAACCUCCUAGAAUCCGUGCCCGCUAACCUCCCCCCCACCCUGCAGGAGCUGAAGAUCAGUGAGAACAAACUGAGAGGAAUCCAAGAAAACAGCUUGGAGGAUCUGAGCAGCCUGGUGACUCUGGAGUUGGAGGGAAAUCUGCUGAGUGAGGGGAAUGUGAAUCCUCUAGCCUUCGCUCCUCUCAUCCAGCUCUCCUACCUCCGGCUGGGCAGAAAUCACUUCCGCACCGUACCACAAGGCCUCCCCAAAUCACUGCUGGAGCUUUACUUGGAGAACAACCUGAUCGAGGAAAUAUCAGAGACAGUUUUCAAUCAGACUCAAAAUCUGAACGUGGUUUCUCUGAGACACAACAGGCUGGAUGAGACCAAGAUUGCCCCGCUGGCCUGGUUCAGCCACAGAAAUCUGGAGUCCAUUGACCUUUCUCAUAAUGACUUCUACCUGGUUCCAUCAUACCUGCCCAGAUGUCUGGUCCACUUAGUGCUGUUGGGAAAUAAGAUUGAGAGGAUACCUGGUUACGUGUUCGCCCACAUGGACCCGGGUUUAGAGUACCUCUACCUCUCGUACAACAGACUAGACGGGGAAGCGAUCGAGCCAGAGUCAUUCUUCGGCUCGUACCACUCCAUGGUGGAACUGUGUCUGGAUCACAACCAGCUGAUGUCUGUCCCGUCUGGCAUCAACGAAAUGACCAACUUACAUUUCCUCCGUCUCAACAACAACAACAUCAGGAGUAUCCCUGACGAAGGCAUCUGCGACCCAAACCACAGCGGAGACUCCACUAUGGUGGCCCUGAGACUGGAAUACAACUUCAUCGACCCCCAGAGGCUUUCACCGUCAGCCUUCUCCUGUGUACGCUCCUCUUCCAGUGUGGUCUUAAAACCCCAGAAAACCAAAUGACCACACAAAGGCGAAAAGACAAUUGUGUAAAACCCCAGAAACACUGGGGAAAAGAUUUUGUUUUUUAUUUGUCCCAUAAGAAGUCAAACAUAAAAUAAGAUACAUUUCCCCUCCCUAGCUUCCUCUGAUGCUGUGUUAUUGAAAUGACACCCAAAAUCAUAAGAAAUCACAUGAUGUACAGGUAGAACAUGGAAACAUAUACAGUAUAAUUCAACUCGGUUACUGCUGAUGUAGUUUUCAUGUCCUGUCCCGUCAUAUCCUUGGACUGAAUCCUUACAAGCUGCAAAAAAAAAACCCUACUGAUUUGACCUCUCCUUUGGCCCUAAUAUGUUUUAUGGUAAAUUGUUUUUCACAUGGCUCACCUAAACCUGCUAUCGAAAUGCCAGAACACCUUCAAACUUUCUAAAUCUAACACAUCUGUCUGCUUUACUAAAAUGUCAAACUCUCUAAAAUGGAAAGACCUUCUGCACCAUACACCGUAAAAUGAAAAUGCUAAUAAAAAGAAAUGGAAAGAAUUCAAUGAAAGGAGACCACAAGCCAAACACGUUAUUUUUUAAUGACCUCACCACCUUCAUGUUCCAUUUCUCAGCUCUAUUUCUUCCAAUGCCUUCUUUCAUAAAAACUCUGACAUGGAAAGGAGGAGUGGGAUCACAUGUGUGCCACAUACUUUGAGCUCUUUGUGUAAAAUAUGAAGAGCAGCCAUAAAGGAUUCAUUUAAAGUAAGUGCUGAUGGGGAGAUAAUCCUACAGACGGAUACAAAAAGACAGAAGAUGUUCAGUCAUGCCUGACAAGUUCCUCCAUCUUGUGCACUUAAGUGUAUAGAGGCAGAAGGACAGUAACUUCCUCUUCCUUUUGAUUAAUACUACAUCAUCAGACACAUCACACAUGUACUAUCAGAAUCUGUUGUGCUUUAAUUAUAUUCACCGCAUUUUUUAUUAACCAUGUGAUAUAAGAGACAUUCGAUGGUGCACACUACAUCUUGUAUUUCACCGUGUCUCAUCAUUGAAAAGGAAACUAUUAAAUGCAGUUGUGGUGUUUAUCAAGCACCCAGGAAGUGUGUUUGACAUUGAAGCAAAUGUUCCUAGUGGCCAAACGGUUGAACUACAACUUCAGUGUCAGUCCGUGAUGUCAUUGGGCCCCAAAAUACUUUUUCCCAUCGUCUAACAAUUGGAAGGAGAUGACUGUAAACAAUUAAAAAUAAUAUAUAUUUAAAAAAAACUAAAUCAACUACCCAGUACAAACACUUUUUAGCGCUUAUUUAAAUGAUUACAGUCUCAAAUAUGUAAAAUGCGCUGAAAGGCGAAUCCAGACUUAUUUCUCUCUCCAUUAAUUUGACUGGUGCCAGUGCGGAUUGGAGGCGGGGUUUAGAAGAAACAAGUGCCAUGCUCUACCUCUCAAAUGCUGUAUGGGGUUCUCUUUACACAUCCAUGGUGUUUAUGCCAUCGCAGCAGGUUUUCUAUGAACUUUAAUGGAGAUAAGUCUAGCUAUAUGGAAACAACCUUCUAAUGCAUGUGUUUAAGAUGUAGGAGGAUCUAGUGGCUCCAGAAGUUUGACUGUAAAUUACAAUUCUAAAGUUUUCUUUGAAUGACGUCCUCAGUGUUCUAUGUCUAUGCUUCAACCUUCAACCUGUGUAACUGCAGUAUACUGUAUUAAUUACUCAGCACUGAUCAUGAAUAAAAAAGGCUUCUGCUGGUUUAAAGAGA